UAGCCGUUAGCAUCGUGAGCUAACCAGCCGGAGUGUAUAAUGGCGGCCUCGGUGUUGCUGGGGUCUGCGGACAACACCGGACUAAACUUCUCGAUUGGAGGCGGCAGCGGCGGUGGUUCUGGGAAUGUUUUAGUAGGGAACAAUAACGGACUGGGCUCGGCGGGUCCCGCGCCUUGGAACCGGUCUCUUGACCGGGCACUGGACGAAGCCUCGGCCACCGGGUGUCUGAACCUCAGCGGCAGGAAGCUGAAGGAGUUUCCCCGGAGCGCCGCCAACCACGACCUAACGGACACCACCAGGGCCGAUCUGUCUCGUAACCGUCUGUCAGAGCUCCCUCUCGAGGUUUGUCUCUUUGUGUCUCUGGAGAGUCUGAACCUCUACCAGAACUGUGUGAGGUCUCUGCCGGACAGUCUGCUCAACCUACAGGCCCUCACCUACCUGAACCUCAGUCGGAACCAGCUGUCUGUCCUCCCGGUGGUGGUGUGCUCUCUGCCCCUGAAGGUUUUGAUCGUCUGUAACAACAAGCUGGUGUGUCUGCCGGAGGAGCUGGGCCAGCUGAGACAUCUCACUGAACUGGAUGUCAGCUGUAAUGAGAUCCAGACUCUGCCGUCUCAGGUGGGUCAGCUGGAGGCUCUACGGGACCUGAACAUCAGGAGGAACCACCUGGUCAGACUGCCCCCAG